CGGUAUACGAAAUUAAUUGAAAGAGGACUUCUCGUGCAAAGCCAUUUGCAUAUUGUUUUAAUCAUAUUAUUUUAUUAAUUGAUUCUAUAAGAAUAUUAUUUCUAAAUGUACUAUUAACCAUAUCUACAUUACAAAAGAGCCAGUAGUUACAUUUUGGCAUUUUGUCAGUAGCAACAAAAUUACUGUGGCAUCCAGAGACCACUUUCAGCAACUGGUCUUCGUAACUUAUGUUACGUUAUUAGUUAGUUGUUUGUAAAUAAAAUGUGUAUUUUCUGAACAAAUAAAUCGAAAACGCUAAAAAUGUUUUGCCUAAAACGUGUCAGUAUUCCGUUAAGAUUACUGCCCAACUACAUCGGCGACAAGUCGCUAGUGAUUCCAAAUACAACAGCUGCCUUUUUACAUACCUCGCCAGUAUGUCACACAUUUUGGGAACGUGAGAAAAAAUCGGGAUAUAAAACUGCCUUGCCGGAACCAUCGAAGAAGCAAAUGAUCAUGGAUGGCCUCAAAGAGCUGAAAAGUGAAAUUAAUUUGUGGAAGGAAGAAAUGAAGGAGAAGUUUGAAUCCGAUCCACUGUUGGUUUUUCGUCCAGGUGAGACGGAUAUUGUUUUUAAUUUCAAAGAUAAAUCCUCGCUAGAUAAAUGGGUGGUUACCACCGAUAUGGAUCACAACGAGGGUAAGAGUACAGCUAAAUUGGAAUUGAGUAAUUCCGGUGCGGGUCUAUUUCAUGGUGUUGUCAAUUCCGAACACAUUAAGGAUGGUGUGAUCAAAAGAACCGGCUAUGCCAAUAUAAGGACGAAAAGAGUUAGGAAAUCUUUCAAACGCGAAGCUACCUACGAUUGGAGUCAAUACAAUAUGUUGGUCCUAAAAGUGCGUGGAGACGGUCGUAGUUAUUUAAUUAAUCUCCAUUGUGAAGGUUAUUUCGAUUUGAUGUGGAAUGAUGUAUACCACUACGCUUUAUACACCCGAGGUGGACCACAUUGGCAAAUUGCGAAGAUACCAUUUUCGAAAUUUUUCUACUCAUCAAAAGGCCGUGUACAAGAUCGACAACAGGCAAUACAACUAAACCGUGUAACACAUUUUGGCUUCUCCGUAACGGCUAAAAACGGCAUGGAUGGUCCCUUUAAUUUAGAAAUCGACUAUGUUGGUCUAGAAUUUGAUCCCAGCCAUCAUGAAGAAUUUGCCUAUGAAAUGUAUACAACUCCGAAAUACAUUGUUGGUACAUAAUUUUUUAAACCCAAAGGUAAAAUGUUUGUAAAUUUUUAGGAAAAAGUCGUGUCGAAGUUGAGAUAAAAUAAAUUUAAUAAAAAAUUGUUUUUGUUUAAAAGCAUA